GUAUGUGUGUGUGUAUGUGUGUGUGUGUUGGGGGUGGGUGCAUUGGUCCGUGUCAGAAAGCAAAGUGUGCUGCAUUUAUCUAGGAAUCCGAGCCAAAGUAGCCUCACAAACACAGACCGGGCAGGACUAAGAGAAGGACGAGGAGCGACAUGAACUGAGGAACAAAGGCAGAGAGGACAACUGCAUGAAACGGGCCAGUGUUACAGAGAUCUAAACAAAAAGGAUAAAAAUGCUAAAACCUCUUGCCUGCAGAGGCACAUCUUGGACAUAGAAAGAAGAGAAGAAACAUUUUCCAGGGAACUGAUGACAGGAAAACCCUGCAGCAUCUGAACCAAAUAUUUAUUCUCAUUUCGAGAGAGACGAAAGAGACCUUCUUUCGUCUCUCUCGUCAUGCUCACUCUGCUGUUUCUGUAUGUGGGAGCACUGCUGUCCUCAUAUGCUUCUCCAGCCUGCUUAGAUCCACCUUGCCAGGACACGUUAGUGGCUACACCUGCUUCUCCAGGGCCAGGAGCAGCAGUGACUACCAAGGCCAGUGAGGGUCAAGCUGGGACAAGUGUAUUCAAAUACCAAUUGGGUGUAUUGGGUGCUUCAGUUCCUGUUGCUUCAGACGAUCCUCAAAGGGAGGAGCACAGACUGGAUUUCCCUCACACUAGAUUGAAAAGUGGAGGUGUUGAAGAGCGCCUGGUUCGGCUGCAGAGCUGCAUGAGCUCUCUCCAGGAAUCAGGAGGCCCCCAGAGUUACAGGGACCAGGAGAGCAGCUCUCUGGGGGCCAUCCUGGCCCUGAUGGCAGCUGUGCUGACUGAGUGUGACCUCCACUGCCACAGCCAAGCACUUGGAGAGAUGGCCAAGCGGCUGGAGAGCGCUGCGUUGGGAAGCAGAGAGGGUGAAAAAGACUUGCUGCUUCUCCUAAAGAGCAUCACACAGUAUUCACCUACAGCUGCUCCCAUGGAGAGGUUACAUCCACAGGAUUGUGCAGAGAUUUACAGUCUUGGGAUCAAAGAGACUGGUAUCUACACCAUCCAACCUGAUCCACACGGACCAGCAUUAGAGGCUAAAUGUGACAUGGAGACAGCGGGCGGAGGGUGGACGGUGAUCCAGAAUCGGCAGGACGGCUCAGAGGACUUUAACAGGACUUGGCAGGAAUACCGGGAAGGCUUUGGUAGUCUGCAGGGAGAGCACUGGCUGGGGAACGCAGCACUGCACGCCCUCACCUCCACCGGCCUGCACCAGCUCCGCAUUGAGCUGGAGGACUGGUACCAACAGAAGCGCCAGGCGACUUACAGCAACUUCAAGGUGGCCUCAGAAGCGGAAAGGUAUCGUCUGACAGCCCACGAGUACUCUGGCGAUGCCGGCAACUCUCUGAGCUACAGCAAGCGCUACAACCACGACGGCAGACCGUUCAGCACUGCUGACAGAGACAACGAUCGCUACGCCUCUGGAAGCUGUGGCCAAUACUACGGCGCAGGCUGGUGGUUCGACGCCUGCCUGGCAGCCAACCUGAACGGGCGAUAUUACCGUGGCCGUUACACGGGUUUGACCAACGGGAUCUACUGGGGGACAUGGUACAUCCUGACAGACGGAAGGACCGGGGAGCGGUACUCCUUCAAGAGGGUGGAGAUGAAGACGAGACCCAAAGACUUUAGGGGAACCAAGUGAGGAACACGAUCGGAGAGGGCUCACUGCAGAAUACGCGUGGGAUGCAAGGCCUUUUGUUGUAUAGACGACAGAUUUUAAACAACUUUCUGCUAAAAUUUACAUGGAUUUUAGUGAAUGGAUUAAAGACAAAAUAUAGUGAGUUGCAAAAUCAUUCAUA